UUUCAACCGAAGAAUAUUUGACAGCGGCCCACUAUAUAUAAAACACAUUUUUCACAAUCAAUUCAGAGUGUUCUGCACUCUAUUUCAGUGAAAAAGUUCGUAAGAAAGUCUUCGUGAGCAUUUUCGAAUUGAAUAAGAGUUCGCAAGUUCAUAAAUUUAUUAGUUUGCCACAGUUUUUAAGCAUUGAAGCACCAUGUCUUCCAAUACGAAAAAGCAUCUUCUACUGAUGUAUGAUCGCCCUCAAGAACCAGUUUUUGUGGCAAAAGGAGAGAAUAGAUCGGUCUUCAAAGUUCCCAACAAGUUUCUUUCCGAUAGGUACAAACCUCUUGGAGUAACUUUAACCGACCGCUUCAACGAAGGAGCUGGUGAAGAAAUCGAUGUCAAAGACAUCUCUCUACCACGACUAGGGGACAUUACAGAGCUUGGAAGACAUGAGAACUUCUCACUCUUCAUCCCAAAGCACCGAAGAUUGGCAGGAAAACUGAUCAACAUCCUUAUUGGGGUGAGAAACAUUGAUGACCUGCUUUCGGUAUGUUGUUAUGCAAGAGACAACGUGAAUCCCUACAUGUUCAACUAUUGUCUGUCCGUCUGUCUUCUACAUCGCUCUGACACCAAAGACAUAGAUGUACCUUCCAUUGUAACAUCUUUUCCUGAUAAGUUUGUGGAGAGUUCAGUUUUUAGUAGAGCUCGGGAGGAAGCUACCAUAGUCCCAGAUGGUUCAAGAAAUGCUAUCGAGAUACCUAGGGACUACACAGCUUCUGACCUAGAAGAUGAACAUCGUGUGGCCUAUUUCAGAGAAGAUCUUGGCAUCAAUCUCCACCACUGGCAUUGGCACCUGGUGUACCCUUUUGAGGGUGCCUUGGAAGUUGUCAACAAGAACAGAAGAGGUGAGCUCUUCUACUACAUGCACCAACAGGUUAUUGCAAGGUACAAUAUUGAACGUCUGUGCAACCAUAUGAGAAGAGUUGAAAGGUUGAUGAGUCUGAGGACACCUAUAAAGGAAGCCUACUUCCCAAAGUUGAACAGCUUGGUGGCUAGUAGAAGCUAUCCUGCUCGUGUAGCCAAUCAAACCCCCAGUGAUUUGAACAGAUCUGUUGAUCAGAUUCAGCAAGACAUCGAUGAUAUGGAGAGAUGGAGGGAUAGGAUCUAUGCUGCCAUACAUCAAGGAUAUGUGGAAAAUGAUCGUGGUCAAAGAGUUACCUUGACCGAAAAUGAAGGUAUUGACAUUCUUGGUAACAUGAUGGAGUCUUCAAUUCUGUCACCAAAUAGGACUUUCUAUGGUGAUUACCACAAUAUGGGUCAUAUCUUCCUUUCCUACAUCCAUGACCCUGAUCAUCGACACUUGGAAAGUUUCGGUGUGAUGGGAGACUCAACUACUGCCAUGAGGGACCCCGUUUUCUACCGCUGGCAUGCGCAUAUCGACGAUAUUUUCCAAGAAUUCAAAGCAACAUUACCCUCGUAUCCUGAAAGCCAACUUGUUUACGAAGGAGUGUCUAUCGCUAAUAUAGAGAUUCGCUCUAAUGACACCCCCAACAACAGAAUCAACACAUAUUGGCAACAAUCUGAUGUUGAUUUAUCCAGAGGUAUGGACUUCCAACCAAGAGGUCCAGUCCGUGUGAGGUUCACUCAUCUUCAACAUCAAGAAUUUAACUAUAGGAUUACUGUCAACAAUCAAGGAAGUAGUAAGAGAGGUACUUGCAGGAUUUUCUUAGCACCUAAAUUCGAUGAGAGGGGCAACCCUUGGCUCUUCAGGGACCAGAAGAAUAUCUUCAUUGAACUAGAUAAAUUCGAAGUCAAUUUGAAGUCCGGACAGAAUAUUAUAAACCGCGCAUCCACCCAAUCUUCGGUAACGAUUCCAUUCGACCGUACCUUCAGAGAUCAUGACACAAACCGACCAGAAGGUGGGGAUGCUCUUGCUCAAUUCAAUUUCUGUGGAUGUGGAUGGCCUCAGCAUAUGCUGAUUCCUAAAGGAAACGCAGAAGGAUACCAGUGCCAACUUUUCGUUAUGAUUUCUAACUACACCAAUGAUCAUGUUGAGCAGAAUGUUAGUGGGACUUGCAACGACGCCUACUCCUUCUGUGGACUGAAGGAUAGGCUUUAUCCAGAUCGACGGUCUAUGGGAUACCCAUUCGACAGGAUGCCAAGAGAUGGAGUUAGGACUCUUCAGCAGUUUUUGACGUCAAAUAUGAGGGUCCAGGAUAUUGUUAUACAUCACGCGAAUAGGACUGUUAGGCCUCAGACUGCCAGACAGCAGACGUUGACCAACAGAUCUGGGAAUGAUGAUGAAGAUGAUUAUGAAUUAUAAAAAUUUAAUGAAAUUUGAGUUGUAAUGAUGGUAUAUUUCAAUAAAAUUCAGUAGUGUGUA